ACUGCGCGCGAACUGAACACGGCGAGGAUAAAUCAAGAUGGCGUCUGACGGUGAACACGUUAUUGCAGUCGUCACAGUUCAGUGUUUUUAAUCUGUGCGUCCAUGUACACAUAUAUGUCCUUUAUUAGACUCUAUUAAAUAGAUUAAACAUCGUGAAUAACUGUUUGCAUCCGGUUACAUUAGUCUGAGUGGACUUUGAUGCUACUCUAGCUAGCUUAGCUUGCUAGUUAGCUUAGCUUGUUAGCUGCUUACAAAGAGAGGCGGAAGUGAUCAAAACACAUCGCUAAGCAGAGAUCAAGUGUGAGUGUAAAGUGUUGUGAUUGUGUGAAAAUGUGCGAAAGAACAAUAGCAGAGUACGAGGAAGAUAUUUGUCCAACAAAAGAGGAGAAGGAGCGACAACAUCAAAAACAUCAAGUUGUGUUACACAGAACAGACAUCCAUCAGCUGAUUGGACAACAAGAAGAAUGUCUCCCUCAUCUGCAGGGUAACAGUUUCACUUUAGAGGAUCCACAACCGUCACAUUUUAAAGGGGGCAGGGAGGAUCCACAGCCCCCCUAUUUUAAAGAGGAAGAGGAGGGAGAGUGUCUUGUAGGGCAGGAGGAGGCUGAUCUCACCAAGUUUCCACUUGCUGUUAUCUCUGUGAAGACUGAAGACCAUGAAGACAAACCACCUGAGUCCUCACAGCUUCAUCCCAGUCCAAACGUCUGUGAAGAACAUCUUCUCUCUGAGCAACAGAAGUGGAGCUUCAGGAUGGACAAGGAGGAGCCACAGCCCUUCCAUAUUAAGGAGGAAGAAGAGGCGCCACAUACAUUACAAAUGCAAAGGGAAGAAAAUAACCCACUGACCUCCCAUUUUAAAGAGGAAGAGGAGGAACACAGCAUCACUCAGGAGGGAGAGCAUCUUGAAUGGUUGGAGGAGUUCCCAGGUAUUGGUGUCCCUGUGAAGAGUGAAGAUGAUGAGGUCAAAGGUGAAAGUGAGGAGAAGAGAGAGGCGGAGCCUCCAAGCAGCAGCUCAACUCAACACAUGACAACAGAAGCUGAUGGAGACCACUGUGGAGGAUCACAAGCAGACAAGCUCUUAGCUCCACUAUCAGACAGUGAGGACACAACGUCUCAAUCUCCUGACACUGAUGAUGAAGACUCUAAAGAUGAUAAGACAUGUCACACUGACAACACACGCUUCACAUGUUCUUUCUGUGACAAACCUUUUAAAUACCAUUGUCGUCUAAAAACACACAUGAGAAUACACACUGGAGAAAAACCUAUUUCAUGUUCAAUCUGUGGGAAAGAUUUUACUCGAAGGGACCAUUUCAAAACACACAUGAGAAUACACACUGGAGAAAAACCUUUUUCCUGCUCAGAAUGUGGUAAAAGUUUUGUAAUAAAUCAAAGUUUAAAAGAACACAUGACAACACACACUGGAAAAAAACCUUUUUUGUGUUUAAUCUGCGGUAAAGAUUUUACUCGAAGGGACCAUUUCAAAGCACACAUGAGAAUACACACUGGAGAAAAGCCUUUUUCUUGCUCAGAAUGUGGUAAAAGUUUUGUAAUAAAUCGAAGUUUAAAAGUACACAUGAGAACACACACUGGAGAAAAACCUUUUUCCUGCUAAGAAUUUGGUAAAAGUUUUGUAAUAAAUCAAAGUUUUAAGUACACAUGAGAACACACACUGGUGAAAAACCUUUUUCAUGUUCAAUCUGCAGUAAAGAUUUUACUCAAAGGGACAAUUUCAAAACACACUGGAGAAAAACCUUUAUCCUGCUCAGAAUGUGGUAAAAGUUGUGUAAUAAAUUGUAGUUUAAAAGUACACAUGAGAACAAACACAGGUGAGAAAGUGUUGAGUUGCAGUGUGUGUGGUGAAAUAUUCUCUUCUAAGUACCAGUGUAAGAAACACAAGUGUGCUGGUGAGAACAGCAGCAGCAAAUGAAGAUGCAGGAUUUGAAAUAAACUGUCAAAACUUUAGCACAUAAAACAUGUGUGACAUCAUUGUUGUGUGUGUAACACAUCUUGUUAAUAUGAUUAUAACAUUUAUAGAUUAGACACUUCAGGUUAGUGCUUUUAUUUCAGUCAAGUACAUGAGUUAAUAUAUACAUUUGUGUACUUUAAAAUGAACAGAACAAUUUGACUGAAAGGGUGAGAAUAAACAUUACAUAAAAUAUGUUACAUACAGUAAGCUUUGUAUGUGUAGAUAUUCAUAAUUCACUUUUAUACUUAUUCAUAAUAGUGUUUUAUAUAUUUUUUUAAAUAAUGAAGUGUUACAUAUUUUAUUUUCUAAUUGUAGAUGAUUCCAUAGAUGAACUCCUUUAUAUGAUAUACACAUUUGUUUUACAUUUGUUCAUACCUUUGCUUUUGUGUACACAAAAAUCUCUUUUAGUUCAUAUUUACUGGUUCACAUCUGAAACAUCUUCUGGACCACUUCUGGAAGCAAAUUAUUAUUUACUUUAUACAUCAUUUGAACAAUUGUCUUUUAUACCAUUUUAAAAUGUGUGACUUUAUGAAUCAUUUGUUGUCUCUAUAAUCCAUUCUAAUAAUUGUCUUUAAUUACUCUCUUGUGUAAUAUGAAUAUUGUUGUGUGAUUGUUGUAUAUGUAUGUCCCCAGACCUUUAUGCAAUAAACAAUAUAUGCUUCAACUAAAGUUGGGUACAAUACAUGUAGUUAAUAUUUGUGGGUAUGUAUUUUAUUCUAUUUAUUAUCACAGUCAAUUCUUUAAAAUGUUUUCUUUAUAUGACUUACAUGUAGUUUCCAGCUUACUUCAUUAACUAGACUAACUCAGCUCUUGGGCCUUAUUUUCAGGCCAGUCACUAUGCCAUCUUUGAGUUUCCCAACU